AUGGCUCACCACAAGUGCCAGAGCACCGUGAGUGGCAUGUUGGACCACAGGGCCAGGCCAGGCCCCAUCCCCCACGGCCAGGAGCCUGAAAGCGAGGACUCAGAGCUGCCAUCGGAUGGCUACAUGCCCAAAGGUCUGGAGCUGGCUGCCCUGAGGCCGGAGAGCCCCCCACCUGAGGAGCAGGAGUGUCACAACCAUAGCCCUGACGGAGACUCCAGCUCUGACUAUGUGAACAACACCUCUGAGGAGGAGGACUAUGAUGAGGGGCUCCCCGAGGAGGAGGAGGGCAUCACCUACUACAUCCGCUACUGCCCCGAGGAUGACAGCUACCUGGAGGGCAUGGACUGUAAUGGGGAGGAAUACGUGACCCAUGGCCCUGUGGACACCGAUGAGUGCCAGGAGGCGGUGGAGGAGUGGACAGACUCAGCAGGCCUGCACCCCCACGGCCAUGGUGCCGAAGGCAGCCAGGACUACCCAGAUGACCACCUGCCUAUCCCAGAGGAUGAGCCGUCCAUCCUAGAGGCCCACGACCAGGAGGAAGACAGCCCCUACUGUCACAGCAAAGAGGGAUACCAGGACUACUACCCCACAGAAGCCAAUGGGAACGCAGGUGGCACCUCCCCCUACCGCCUGAGGCGCGGGGAUGGGGACCUGGAGGACCAGGAGGAGGACAUCGACCAGAUUGUGGCUGAGAUCAAGAUGAGUUUGAGUAUGGCUAGCAUCACCAGCGCCAGUGAGGCCAGCCCAGAGCAUGUGCCCGAGUCAGGGCCUGGGGACUCCACGGAGGCCUGCCCACCUGGCGAGGCCAGCCUAGGGCCCAGCCGUCAUGAGGCAAGGCCCAAAUCGCUGAACCUCCCUCCUGAGGCCAAGCACCCCGGAGACCCCCAGAGGGGCUUUAAGACCAAGACCAGAACCCCAGAGGAUAGGCCAAAGUGGCCUCAAGAGCAGGUCUGCAAUGGUUUGGAGCAGCUGAGGAAGCAGCAGCUCGAUCUCAAUGGACCCAUUGACAAUAACAACAUCCCAGAGACAAAGAAGGUGGCAUCAUUUCCAAGUUUUGUGGCUGUUCCAGGGCCCUGUGAGCCAGAAGACCUCAUUGAUGGAAUCAUCUUUGCUGCCAACUACCUGGGCUCCACUCAGCUGCUCUCUGAACGCAACCCGUCCAAAAACAUCAGAAUGAUGCAGGCGCAGGAAGCCGUCAGCAGGGUCAAGAGGAUGCAAAAGGCCGCUAAGAUCAAGAAAAAAGCGAAUUCUGAAGGGGACACCCAGACACUGACAGAAGUGGACCUGUUCAUCUCUACUCAGAGGAUCAAAGUUUUAAAUGCUGACACACAGGAAACCAUGAUGGACCACGCCCUGCGCACCAUCUCCUACAUUGCAGACAUUGGGAACAUUGUGGUUCUGAUGGCCAGACGCCGCAUGCCCCGUUCAGCCUCUCAAGACUGCAUUGAGACCACACCUGGGGCUCAGGAGGGGAAGAAGCAGUAUAAGAUGAUCUGCCACGUGUUCGAGUCAGAAGACGCCCAGCUUAUAGCCCAGUCCAUUGGGCAGGCCUUCAGUGUGGCCUACCAGGAGUUCCUGCGGGCCAAUGGCAUCAACCCUGAAGACCUGAGCCAGAAGGAGUACAGCGACAUCAUCAAUACCCAGGAGAUGUAUAAUGACGACCUCAUCCACUUCUCAAACUCAGAGAACUGCAAGGAGCUGCAGCUGGAGAAGCACAAGGGUGAGAUUCUGGGCGUGGUGGUGGUGGAGUCAGGCUGGGGCUCCAUCCUGCCCACUGUGAUCCUGGCAAACAUGAUGAAUGGUGGCCCGGCAGCCCGCUCGGGGAAGCUAAGCAUCGGAGACCAGAUCAUGUCCAUCAAUGGCACCAGCCUGGUGGGGCUGCCGCUCGCCACCUGCCAGGGCAUCAUCAAGGGCCUGAAGAACCAGACGCAGGUGAAACUCAACAUUGUCAGCUCCCCAGUCACCACGGUCCUCAUCAAGCGACCAGACCUCAAGUACCAGCUGGGCUUCAGUGUGCAGAACGGCAUUAUCUGCAGCCUCAUGAGAGGGGGCAUCGCGGAGCGAGGUGGUGUCCGUGUCGGCCACCGCAUCAUUGAGAUCAACGGUCAGAGUGUAGUGGCCACAGCCCAUGAGAAGAUAGUGCAAGCUCUGUCCAACUCGGUUGGAGAGAUUCACAUGAAGACCAUGCCUGCUGCCAUGUUCAGGCUCCUCACGGGCCAGGAGACCCCGCUGUACAUCUAG